CACACACACACACAGAAAAAGAGAGAAGACAGUCCCAUCUCUUCAUUCCCUGUCUGCUCAGUGUCUGAGACAGAACAGUGAGUCCAUUAUUUUACUCCUCUCCAUAUCUGGAAUUUAUUCCUACUUAAAGGGUUUUCAUGCAGGGACAGACAGCAGGCUGCUGUUAGACCUAACAGGAAAAUGGUACCAGUUAAACUCCUCAUUCUGGGAGCUCAGAACACUGGAAAAACAGCCCUGUGUGUACGUUUCAUAACCAAGCGCUUCAUUGGUGAAUACGACCAUAAAAAGGAGGUGACCUACAGAUGCAGUCGGGUGGUGGACCAGGAAGCUGUUGAUUUGGAGAUUUUGGAUAUAGCUUGUAAGGAGAGCUCUGCGGCUUCUCUGGAGUCGUCCAUCCGCUGGGCCGACGGCUUCCUGCUGCUCUACUCCAUCACACAGCGCCUCAGCUUCCUGGAGGUCCCGCGACUCAAGGAGCUUAUCGACCAAACCAAACAGAGUCUAGUUGUUCCUACAGUGCUGGUAGCCAAUAAGGAUGACUUGGAAAUCGGCAGGGAGGUGACUACAGAGGAAGGACAGAGACUGGCCAAGGAUUUAAGGUGCAGUUUUAGGGAGCUGUCAGUGGCAGAAGCGGUUUUAGGUGUGGAAGCAGCUGUGUUUCAGCUCAUCAGGCUGGUGUUGGAUCAGCAGCGGCCUCUGCCGGACCGCCGCUCCUACAUGCUGACCGUUCGCCACGCUCUGACCAGGAAACUGACCCGGUCCAAGACCAUGCAGUGGUGACUGCAGACCCGUAGUCUGUUGAAUCCCUCAGCAUGUAUGGAGUAAGCAUUUUAAACUUCCAGUCUGACAGUGUUCAAGGCAUCUACUUUGGAGUUUUUAUGCAACACUGAUGAUAUGGCUGUUUUCUAGCAGUAGCCUGCAGCAUCAGGUUGUCUGGAUUCAUGGUUUGUCGAAGGAUUUUACCAAAGUGCAGGCUACUACACUACACAAACAUGACCAAACAUGAAUGUUUUGCCACUCAAAGCAAAUCACACCAAAGAAAAAGAUAAAUUGAGUGUGAGUUUUCCUAUUGUAGAGAGUUUUGGCUAAAUAUUUGGUGAUAUUAGUGCACAAUCCCAGCACAGCCUGAGGUCAACUGAAAAGGAUGAUCCGCAUGAAUACAAUAUUAGAAGGCAAAAUAUGUGUCAUAAUGUAGAGAGAGUUUGGAUGAGCUUCAAUAGAGGAUAAAACUUGCUUAUUUUCUGGGAAAAGCAAAUAUAAAGUGGCCCAAAAUACACGUUCGAGGCCAGAUGUUGUCUCUUUUUCGGUUAGAUUUUAGAUAAACACCAAGUUAUUUUAAAAGACAAUAAUAUCUGUGCAGAAAUACGUGAUUUCAACAUUCACAGCAACGUGCACAGCAGUUUAUCAGUUUGAAUGUUAAGCCAUUUACACGAGUGUGUCUAUAUAACUGAGAAACGGCUAGCUGCUAUUUACAUGACAGAAAAUGACUUUUUGGUUUUUAUCAGAAAGCAUCCACAUGAGUUUGCAUCGUAGUUUGUUAUGUGUUCCACUCUCCAGUAGAGGGUGGUACAGUCAUCUCAUCUUGUGCAGACUCACUACCGUCAAACAAUAAGGAAAUAGAAUACAGUUUGGUAUGGCAUGAAAGUAACUAAGAGAUCCAAAAUCUUGUGGAAAGCUAUCCCAUAGAGUAGAGGCGAUUAUACCAGCAGAUUAUAGCCCAUUGUUUUGGAAUAAAAUGAUUAAUAAUCCCAUAUGGGUGUAAUUUGUGGGUGUCCAAAUAGUUUAAGCAAGGCCAUCAACUUCACAGAUCAUUUUUUUAAAAUGUGUACAAGAAUCUAACCAGUCGAUGAACCAGUCAGUGAAGUUCAUCACUCGGUGAGUAAAAGGGUUAAACUUGCCCCUGGUUGUAGGAGUGUGUAGAUGACAUAACAGUGUGUAAAGAAUGAAACUGGCUUUGAUUA